CACCUUAAGGCCGCGCUCGCCAGCCUCGGCGGGGCGGCUCCCGGCGCCGCGACCAAUGAUCUCCUCCUCUGUUUAAAUAGACUUGCGGUGUCAAUCAUCUUCUUCUUCGUCAGCCUCCCUUCCACCGCCAUAUUGGGCAACUAAAAAAAGGGGGCUCGUCUUUUCGGGGUGUUUUUCUCCCCCUCCCCUGUCCCCACUCUCUCGCCGCUCCGCGACUCCGACGCCGGCAAGGUUUGGAGAGCCGCUCGGUCGGCGGGACCCGCGGGCUCGCAGCUGCCCGGACUCGGACUGGCUCUGCCCCCUCCUCUCUCCGCGGCGCUCCUCUCCCCUCCCCUCCCCGCCUCCCGCUCGCCAGUCCACUUGAUCGGCGGGGACUCGGGGCUGCCUGGCCGGGGCUGCCCCUCGCCCCCUCCCCCAGCCCCGCGCGCUCCUGACGCUCGGGCACUUACUCGUCCGUGUUUGUUUCUCUUGGCUCGGAGGGCAGUCGCAGGGCUUAUAAGAGGGGCUCGGGCUGGGUCGGGGCGUUUUGUUUUGUUCGUUUUGUUUUGCGAGAGCGCAAGAGAGGCGGUCGCCGAGCCCGGGGAGGAAGAUGUCAAACGUGCGAGUGUCUAACGGGAGCCCGAGCCUGGAGCGGAUGGACGCCAGACAGGCGGAGUACCCCAAGCCCUCGGCCUGCAGAAACCUCUUUGGCCCGGUCAAUCACGAAGAGUUAACCCGGGACUUGGAGAAGCACUGUAGAGACAUGGAAGAGGCCAGCCAGCGCAAGUGGAAUUUUGAUUUUCAGAAUCACAAGCCCUUGGAGGGCAAAUACGAGUGGCAAGAGGUGGAAAAGGGCAACUUGCCCGAGUUCUACUACAGACCCCCGCGGCCACCCAAAGGCGCCUGCAAGGUGCCGGCGCAGGAGGGCCAGGAUGUCAGCGGGACCCGCCAGGCGGUGCCUUUAAUUGGGUCUCAGGCAAACUCAGAGGACACGCAUUUGGUAGACCAGAAGACUGAUGCACCGGACAGCCAGACGGGGUUAGCGGAGCAGUGCACUGGGAUAAGGAAGCGACCUGCCACAGACGAUUCCUCUCCUCAAAACAAAAGAGCAAACAGAACAGAAGAAAAUGUUUCAGACGGUUCCCCGAACGCGGGUUCAGUGGAGCAGACGCCCAAGAAACCCGGCCUCAGAAGGCGUCAAACGUAAAGUACUCGAAUUGAGAGUAUGUUUCCUUGUUUAUCCGAUACAUCACUGCUUGAUGAAGCAAGGAAGAUAUAAAUUAAAAAUUUUGAAUACAUAUCGCUGACUCCACGGAGUGGACAUCCCUUAUAAGCACUGAACAGCAACAACCCAAUAACACUAAAGUUUUAGGCACUCUUAAAUCAUCUGCCUCUAAAAGCAUUGGAUGUAGCAUCGUGCAAUUAGGUUUUUCCUUAUUUGCUUCAUUGUACUACCUGUGUAUAUAGUUUUUACUUUUUAUGUAGCACAUAAACUUUGGGGAAGG